GAGAUGAAAUUGAAAUUGAAAUAUAUAUCAGCCUGUCUCUUUCAUGCGCUCAGCUUCUCUUACAUGUCGUGACUUUCUUCUCUGUCAUCGCAGCUUUCUUUUACCUAUAAAUAAUGAGUUAUGAAUGUCGGUUUUUUCCGCACUUUGCAAUUGCAGUUCCAAAUUAUAAUUAAAUUAGGACUUAAGUCUGUUUAGUUUUACUCUCUCCCUCUCUCUGUCUCCGCUUGUGCCUCGUUCUCCUACAGCUCAAACGGCGACGAAUUGCAUCUCGGUGGAUCAAAUUCUCGGUCCUCUCUGUCCCCAGCUAAUAUGGUUCGGAGAAAACGUCAGUUACCAAAUAAUGCGGAAGAAUGUGUUGAAGAUUGGGAUGACUCUGCAAGUUCCAAUUCUAAGCGUGUUGAAGUUGAAAGUGGUCUAGGUGAAGCAGAAGACAAUGAAUGUUAUUCAACUUCUUGCUCGUAUUUUUCAAAGGUUAGGCAUCAAUACAAAGUAAGCGGAAUGGCUGAUAGUGUGGUUAAUGAAAAACUUGCCCUAUUCAUUCUCUCUAACAAUAUUGCAUUUGAUAUUGUUGAAGCACCAUUUUUUGUUGAUUUUGUGAGGGGAGUAGCUGAAUGUGGCAUUAGUUAUAAGCUGCCUAGUUCUCUAAUGCUCCAAAGAAAUGCUUUUCUUGAAGUUGAGAUGGAAGUUGAGAAAUAUGUUACGAAAGUGAGGCAUUCAUGGACUAUGCAAGGUUGCACAAUAAUGAUUGGCAUGUGGAAUAACUUCAUUAGUAUCACUGCAUAUUCUGCUGAAGGAGCUGAGUUUUUGAAAUUCCAGGAAAUUUCAAAAUUGGAUGUGAAAGACAUUGUUUCCUCUGUAAUUGACGACAUCGGGGAAGAUCAUGUGGUCCAAGUUAUCACGAACAGUGAUACAAUUUAUUAUUCAAUUGAGAAUCUGCUUCUGAAUAAGUACUCUCAUAUAUGCCAGAUUCGGUGUGUUGCUCAUGAGAUUCAUUCUCUCAUGAAAGCUAUAUACAGUGAAGUUGGAUGGAUACAAGAAACAAUUGAUCAUGCAGCAUUGGUGGUAAAAUGUAUGUAUGAAGAUGACAUUUUUUCAAAGUUGAAAUAUCCUUGCGAGUCUAAAUUUGCCUCCAACUAUCAAAUGCUGCUAUCAAUUUUGGGCAAUAAGAAUGAAUUGCGACAACUUGAAUGUGGGAGGUGGAAGCUGCUGGAACAGAACAGGAAAAAAAUAAAGAAUACAAACAUUAUUGAAAGUGGAAAAUUUUGGAGCCAAGUGCAAGAGGUACUAAAUGUUAUGGAGCCAUUAAUCCAAGUACUUCGUCUAGUAGAAGAUGAUAGACCUACCUUGGGAUACUUGUAUGAAGCAAUGGAAAAAGCAAAAGAAACAAUUGAGAGACAAUAUAGUAAUGACUGCACGAAGUAUGAGAAGAUAAGGGAUUUAUUUCAAGAAUGGAGAAGUAAAAAGAUUAUCCAUCCAAUACAUGCAGCUGCUGCUUUUCUGAAUCCAUCUUACAUGUGCCGCGACGGCUUUGAACUUAACUCUGAAAUGAAGACAGGCAUAAAAUUUAUUUUCUCAACAAUGGUGGCGAGUCAAGAUAAGGACAAAUUCGUUGAAGAGGUGAAACUUUAUGAACAAAAGAUGCCACUGAUGUUCAAUACAUUGGCAUACGACUUGCUGCAAGUGUCUCAUCCUUGUGCAUGGUGGGAUGCUACUGGGGUCUGCCUUCCAGUGCUAAAGAAGUAUGCGAUACGACUUUUGAGCCAGCCUUGUAAGUGUUCAUGUGACCUAAAGCCCAGUGCAUUUGAAGUUGCACGAAGAAAGAUGAUGAAUGGGGCAAUAAAGACUGCAUCACAUGACAAUUUUGUAUACACAAUAAUGAAUGCUAAGAUCAUGGAAAUAUUUCGACCUUGGGAAGAGCAAUGCAUGACACCAAUUGAUCUAGAAAAUUGCAAUGAACUCCCUGAUUAUAUUGAUCCUCAACAAAGUUGGUGGGAUGAUCACAUCGACGAAACAGACAAUUUUCAUUUAGAUGGCAAGCCAAGGGAUUGCCUGAAGGCCAGGAAGAGAUGGAGAAAGACCUUUAUCGUGAUAUGCACCUCUAAUUACUUAGGACUACACAGUAAGAUAUGGAGUAAACCAGACCUUGUGGAGCCCUUGAUUGACACAGAUAACAUGAUUAAAAAGGCCCAGACGAGGUGGACAAAGAUCCUUAGCGUGGUGAAAUGGUUCUCUAUCUAUUUAGAAGCCAGAAAGAGGUGACAUGGUAUGCAUAUUAUGGAUAUUAUGGAUCUUUGUUUGAUUUAGGCGUGUGUGCGCGUAAAAUGAAAUAUUUCUUUUCUUUUUUUUGUGCCAUAAAAUGAAAUAUUUCAAGAAGCUUUUGUCGCCAAAUUUUAUUAUCUUUUUUUGGGUCUA